AUGCAAAUAUAGGAACCAAUAAUUGAAGAAAGGAAAAUUGAAAAAAAUGAGGAUGACCCUAGUGAUUUUGAAAUAACCCCUGAGAGUCAGAUAUUCGAUGCUUUCUCAUCUGAUAAUAAUUCAUAAGAAGCAUUGUAGACAUCCUUUAAAGCAAAAUAAAGAAGACAAGAGGAUGGAGAUAGUAAAGUAUUUGAAAAUUGCUUAUUUGUUGUGUUCGAUGUAAGUAGAGAACCAUUGGGAACAGUUUUGAUAUUGAAAAGUUAGGAUGACGAUAAUGUUACUGUAAACUUUAGGAUAACUUUAAGAGGGCAUUGGAUAAGGACACCAAUCGAUCAUGGUGAUAUAGUGAGAAUAAUUGGUUAGUUUAAAAAAUCAAAUCAAUAUACUCUUACACUAGAUGAUGAUGAACCUGAUCCAGAGACAGGUGCGCUUUAUUUGAUUCUUGAACCUUAUAUAUUAAUACCAAGCACAACAAUAGUUUCGAGUUUCCCGUGUGUGAGGAGAUCAAUUUUUGCAGAUCAAUUUAGAACUAAUCUUGGUGAUUUCGAAUAUCCAUUAGUCAUAGGAAAUAUAAUUCAUGAAGCUUUUGAAAGAGUAAUAUUGAAGUAGAGAUUUGAUGAUGAAUAUUUAGAAUAAGUUUAUAAGGAAUCUAUGAAGAAUCAUAUUUGCCAUCUAUAUAAACUGGCUGAACCUGAUGUAAAAGUAUUUAAUGACCUAAAGUUAGCAGCCAAAAAUAUUUAAAAUUGGGUCUCAAAUAUGCUUGAUCGUAAGUCAUUUUUAUAUUAUUAACCAUGA